ACUUACAUAGUCCAAGUCUAGCUUCAAAAUUCAAAGUUGUCAAUUUCUUAUUAAUGUGCAUGGUCAUUCAAAUAGAAAUUUCAAUCUUAUAAAUGAUAAGAACCACAAAUACUAACUACACCACCUACACAUAAUCUGAAGAAAAAGAAAAAUGGCAACGAAGAGUUGUGAAUUAGUCCUCUGUUUUUCCUACUUUUUCGUCAUAUGCUUCAGUGCCAUUUCUGUUUCUGCACAAACUUGUGAAAAUACUACUGGGACUUUCAUACCCAAUAGUCCUUAUGACAAGAACCGCGGACUCAUUCUCUCUCCUCUAGCUUCUAACGUCACGGCUCACGAGGGCUACUUCAUCGGUUCCACUGGGAUUUCUCCUGACCAAGUCUUUGCCAUGGGGAUGUGCGCUCCAGGCUCUGAGCGUGAUGUUUGCUUUCUCUGUAUCAGGACCACAUCAGAGAGUUUACUUCAAAGCUGUCCAAACCAGGCAGAUGCUUUCUUCUGGUCAGGUGAAGAAACCCUUUGCCUUGUUCGCUACUCUAACCGCCCCUUCUCUGGAUUGCUCGUCAUGGAUCCACUAGGAGCGAUUUUCAAUACGGGAGAACUCAAUACGAAUCAGACUGAGUUUGAUAUCGUGUGGAAUAAUUUAACUUCUAGUAUGAUCGCCGGAAUAACUUCUUUUUCAUCAGGCGCAAACAAUUCGUCUAAAUACUAUUCAGACGAUAUAGCUCUAGUGCCGGAUUUCAAGAACAUAUCAGCGUUGAUGCAAUGCACACCAGACGUUUCUUCAGAGGAUUGUAACACUUGCUUACGGAAAAACGUUGUCGACUAUGAUAAUUGUUGCCGUGGGCACCAAGGCGGCGUUUUAUCACGGCCAAACUGCUUUUUCCGAUGGGAAGUGUAUCCCUUCUCUGGUGCUAUUGAUCAGAUUAAUUUACCGAAGUCACCGCCGCCUUCAAUCACACCCCCAUCUCCUAUAAUCAACAUAACCAAGAAAGAUAACAGAAUAUCAGGAGGGACAAUCGCGGCAAUAGUUGUUGUUAUUGUUGUUACAAUAAUAUUGGUUGUUUUAGGCUUGGUUAUUUCCAAUAGAAGAAAGCAAAAGCAAGACAUGGACCUUCCAACGGAAUCUGUUCAAUUCGAUUUAAAGACAAUUGAAUCGGCGACAAGCAACUUUUCCGAACGUAACAAAUUCGGUGAAGUUUACAAGGGCAUGCUCAUGAAUGGCACUGAAAUUGCGGUAAAGAGAUUGUCGAAAACAUCAGGUCAAGGUGAAGUAGAGUUCAAGAACGAGGUUGUUGUUGUUGCAAAGCUUCAACACAUAAAUCUCGUUAGACUUCUUGGUUUUUCGCUACAAGGAGAAGAGAAGUUACUCGUAUAUGAGUUUGUUUCAAACAAAAGCCUCGAUUAUUUCCUCUUUGAUCCUACGAAGAGAAAUCAGUUGGACUGGACAAUGCGACGCAAUAUCAUCGGUGGGAUUACUCGAGGGAUUUUAUAUCUUCAUCAAGAUUCACGGCUAAAGAUCAUACAUCGUGACCUCAAAGCGAGUAACAUUCUCUUAGAUGCUGAUAUGAAUCCGAAAAUUGCUGAUUUUGGAAUGGCAAGGAUCUUUGGAGUGGACCAAAUUGUAGCCAAUACAGGAAGAGUGGUUGGAACCUUCGGUUACAUGUCUCCCGAGUAUGUGACACAUGGCCAAUUCUCGAUGAAAUCAGAUGUCUAUAGCUUCGGAGUAUUGAUUCUUGAGAUCAUUAGUGGCAAAAAGAAUAGCAGCUUCUACCAGAUGGAUGGUUUAGUUAACAAUUUAGUCACAUAUGUCUGGAAACUUUGGGAGAACAAAUCAUUGCAUGAGCUCAUAGAUCCCGGUAUCCGAGAAAAUUGCACAAGAAGCGAUGAAGUCAUUAGAUACAUCCAUAUUGGGCUGUUGUGUGUUCAAGAAAAUCCUGCAGAUCGUCCAACAAUGUCUACUAUUCACCAAAUGCUCACAAACAGCUCAAUCACUCUGCCUGUGCCUUUGCCACCUGGAUUUUUCUUUAGGAACGGACCAGGAUUGAACCCAUUAGGCCAGAGAUUGGAGCCGGGUCAAUCGAACAGCAAGUCUUUUGCUUGUUCUGUAGAUGAAGCAACAAUCACCGAUGUUAAUCCUCGUUGAAUAUUCAGCCAUGUUUUUUUCUUGUCUCAACAAAGGCCCCUAUCACUUAUUUAAUAUCUGUAUUUUAAAAAGUUGUUAAAGAGUCAUUUUUUCAGGUUGAAUGAUUCAUCAUAGAAAAUAUAAUCA